AUGCAUGUACGUUUGUGGGAUGCUGAAGGCCGACCACUGCACUGUAUAAAAUCAGGCCAUUUAAACAAUAUAUUUUCUGUACAGUUUUUACCAAGUGGUCAAGACAAAGUGAUUCUGAGCGCUGCAGGUGACAGUAGCGUACGUAUGCAUUCAUUUACUCAUUCUGAUGUGCCUUAUAUAUGGUGGUCUGGUGGACGCGUGAAACGUUUAGCUGUUACACGUGCUGAUCCACAGCUCUUCUGGUCUGCUGCCGAAGAUGGCAUAAUCAAGAUAAAGAGGAAUAAACAAAAUUUCACUGGGAUUUUUUCAGGACAUUUGCCUAUUACGGAUGCCUCAUCACGAAACCUAUUCCGGUCAUUAUCGGUUACCCAUGUUGGAUUUAAUUCGCUUGGCAAUGAACUGAUUGUAAAUAUUGGCGGUGAACAAAUCUAUAUUUUCAAUAUACUUGAGCGAGCACAUGAACCGGAUGCAUUGCAAUCACUUCAGAGUCUGCUGGCUAAUCCUAUCAAAAAUUUGCCGGAUGUUGGAGAAUUCAUGGGUUUUGAAAAUACAACUACAGAUGUUUUCAAAAAGGAACGUGAACGUGCAAAAAUACAUUUCAACAAUAAUGAAUUUACGGAUGCAAUUAAUACAUACAGCCGUGCGAUCCUGAAAUGUGAGAAACUGUGCGGGUUAGAAAAUUUUCAGUAUUUAUAA